UCUUGCCGGCUUCAAUAUUGUAUCUUAUGACAAAAGCAGCCAGAAUCAUCUGUUCUCUAUAUUUUUAAUAAUAAUUAACUUUUUGCAGAUCUGACCAGAAAAAUAUUUAAUCGAAUAAUAUGACAUUGUAUAUUUAUUGAAUUCUAUUUUCGUAUACAUAUAUUGCAAUUUCUCACGUGCAAUCAUAAAGUGAACCGCAAGCAAAGUUUUAAUGUCACAUAUGUAAGCUUAAAGUAUUCGAUACAUACCUGAUGGCAACACGUGUUUCCGACAGUUAUUAUUUAAUGUGUACAAUCUGAUUGAAAUUAAUUAGAGUGGUAUGCGAAAAUUGAUCCGUACGAUCAGUAUCUAAACAUGUUUACAUCGAUCAAUAGGUUAAUGUGUUUGCUCGAGUGAAAUUGAAAUCGAGUCACAUUUUCAUGUUUUUAUCACUUCCGUUGUUGAAACUAUGGCUGUCCCGUCGAAAUUUAAUCCGCAAGUUGUACAACAGUUUUCUAUUGUAUUAUUAUUCUCGUGGAUUAUACUAUUAUUCCUUUAUCUGAAUCGUGUGCAACCAUAUUUUUUUAUUGACGAGGUUUUCCAUGUACCGCAAACAUUGCAGUAUUGCGCCAGUAAUUUUACACAGUGGGAUCCUAAAAUUACCACCCUACCUGGAUUGUAUUUAAUUGCAACUCUAGUAUUAUUACCUUUCAAUCUUUGUAACAUCUUUUAUAUGAGAUGUCUAAAUUUACUUGGAACAUUCUUUAAUUUCUAUCUUGUCCACAACAUAAUCGAACGUAUUACAAUAACUCGUCGAACACAGAAAUGGAAUAAUUGGACACAACUCAUGGUGGCUUGCAAUAUUAUGUUGUUCCCACCCUUGUUCUUCUGGCACUUUUUAUAUUAUACAGACGUUGUGUCAGUCAAUAGUAUAUUAUUAAUGUUACUACUGCAUUUACGUAAAAAAUUUAAAACAGCAGCGACUGUAGGUCUGUUGUCUGUACUAAUUCGUCAAACAAAUAUCAUUUGGAUCGCAUUUGUUACCGUGGAGCUUGCAUUUGAUUUAUUAGAUCGUAGUAAGCCUAAAUCUAUAACGCAAUACGAGUAUAAUUCUCUUGUCUAUUUAAAAAAACAAUGGAAAAAGAUAAUGGAAGAAACAUCUCGUGGAUGGACAUCAUUUUGUCAAUUUAUUAUUGAAAUUAUCGUACAGUUGCUUCCAUACAUAACAGUAUGUUUAGUAUUUCUUCUGUUCGUUAUUUGGAAUAAGGGUAUAGUGAUUGGAGAUCGUGCAGCUCAUGUUCCCACUAUUCAUCUCCCUCAAUUAUUCUAUUUCUCUGCUUUUAUUUCUUGCUUUCUGUGGCCUUAUACGAUUACUUAUUGGAAGUCUUACUUUAAUUUUAUUCAAACGCAUUGGAUUCUUCACUGUUGCCUUCUGGUUCUGUUAACCGUAACAGUCCAUUUUAACACUCUAGUUCAUCCAUAUAUGUUGGCUGACAAUAGACAUUACAUAUUUUACUUUUGGAAUAGGCUAAUGGGGAGAUAUGUGUUGUUCAAAUAUCUACUAAUACCCGUUUAUUCGUUUACCCUGUACACUAUGUUCCAUCGAAUCAAGCAUUUGAGAUUUACUACGCAAAUCAAUUACGUUUUCAUGGUAACCGUGGUCCUGAUUCCUCAACUCCUCGUAGAACCACGUUACUUCAUUAUUCCAUAUGUUCUUCAUCGUUUAUUAAUGCAAGAACCAAAAAAGUGGCAAAUUAUCAUGGAAACAAUUACUACAUUGUUAGUCAAUUUCUUACAAUUUUAUAUUUUCGUUAAUAAGACAUUUUAUUGGAGCAACGAACCUCAUCCUCAGAGGAUAUCAUGGUAAUAAAAAAAACUAAAAAAAAAACUAAAAAAGGAAAUUGAAUCUUCUACCUUGUUUUCAUUGUGUGUCUGUGGCAGAAGCAGACACUUUUACAAAUGUCAUUUAAUUGUAGAAUAUCACAUUAUCAUUUAUUACUUUUCUUACAUCUUUCUAUGAGGAACAAUAAUUAACUAAAUAAGCGUGAACGGUCGUCCACACGUAGGAGUGGGUUUGUCUCUUUUUAUUUGACUUGACGCCAUUUCGACUAUGUAAUCGUAAGAACGCAACGAGAGAUUAUUAAGUAAACCAUUCGAAAGUAAA